CGCCAUUCCACUUCCUGGAAUCUAAAGCCAACCAGAGGCACUUUGCGAGGUAUCCAGCCUUGCCUCGACGCCUAGAGCCCGCAGCCUUUUUCUUUCUUCUUCACUCACCUUGUUUCGUGCCGCACGCAAAGCACCCUCGACGAUCGCCCGCACCUCGUCUCUCGCCAACAUCGAUAUAAUCCUUCGCUAGCCCUCGUGAGCCAGAAGUCCUCUCCGCAGCCAUGGGUCAGACCCUCUCGGAGCCCGUCGUCGAAAAGACUUCCGAAAAAGGCGAGGAUGACCGACUCCUCUUCGGUGUCUCGGCCAUGCAAGGCUGGCGCAUUAGCAUGGAAGAUGCCCACACGGCUGAGUUGAACCUACCCGCACCCGAUAACGACACCAAGACGCACCCCGACAGGCUGGCCUUUUUCGGAGUCUACGACGGACACGGAGGAGACAAAGUCGCAUUGUUCGCAGGCGACAAUAUCCACAACAUUGUAUUCAAACAAGAUUCGUUCAAGACUGGCAACUAUGCUCAGGGUCUCAAAGACGGCUUCCUUGCCACGGAUCGGGCCAUUCUCAACGACCCCAAGUACGAGGAAGAAGUUUCUGGCUGCACCGCUUGCGUUUCCCUGAUUGCCGGAAACAAAAUUUAUGUCGCAAACGCUGGUGACUCUCGAGGUGUGCUGGGCAUCAAGGGUCGAGCAAAGCCCCUGUCCAACGACCACAAGCCUCAGCUUGAAACGGAGAAGAACCGAAUCACGGCAGCAGGCGGCUUUGUCGACUUUGGCCGUGUCAACGGUAACCUGGCACUGUCGCGUGCCAUUGGCGAUUUCGAAUUCAAGAAGAGCGCCGAGCUCUCCCCCGAAAAUCAAAUCGUUACUGCUUUUCCCGAUGUCGAGGAGCACGAUCUUACAGAGGAAGAUGAAUUCUUGGUGAUUGCUUGUGAUGGUAUCUGGGAUUGUCAGUCUUCCCAGGCUGUCGUUGAAUUCGUGCGACGAGGCAUUGCUGCCAGACAAGACCUUGACAAGAUUUGCGAGAACAUGAUGGACAACUGCUUGGCAUCAAACUCAGAAACCGGCGGCGUUGGCUGCGACAACAUGACCAUGAUCAUCAUUGGCUUCUUGCACGGCAAGACCAAGGAGCAGUGGUACGAUGAGAUCGCCAAGCGAGUGGCUGACGGAGAUGGCCCUUGUGCCCCCCCGGAAUAUGCCGAGUUCCGCGGCCCGGGAGUCCACCACAACUACGAGGACAGUGACAGCGGCUAUGACCUUGACCAGGAGAGUGGUGGCAAGUUCAGCCUUUCCGGAAACCGUGGUCGCAUCAUCUUCCUUGGCGACGGCACGGAAGUCCUGACCGGAGCUGACGACACCGAGAUGUUUGACAACGCUGACGAGGACAAGGAUCUUCCCAGCCAGAUUUCAAAGAACCCUAAAGAAUCCGAGGCUAAGGAAGAUUCAGAGUCCAAGCCAGCGCCCGGGUCAGCAUCUGCUCCGGUGGAGACGAAACAAGACGACAAGGCAUCUGAGGAGAGUAAGAAGGAUUAGGUGGUCCUUUCGCCCUUUUCAGGUAGCCCGCCUUGAAGCCCCCCGCCCUUGUGUUAUCGAUGAAUAUGUGUCAUUAUAUUCUUUUUUUCUUUUCCGGCUGUCGCUCGAACUAGGCGUAAUCUCGAUCUCGAACCAAGGCGUGGAGGAACAUGUGUACCCUUACCUAGGUAAGCCAGGAAGAAGGAAAGGAAAGGGCUAUUAGCAAACGUGGGGGAGAGGGCAGAGGAUUAGGGGGCGGUUAGACUUUCUGAGUGUUGCCCUCUUUAUACGGUUCUUUAUAUCGUUGUUGAUAUUUGGUGUACCGGUGGUAUAAUAUUUGGAUCAAGGAGAGUUGGGUCUCUUGCAGCAUACACACGGUUUCCCCCCCCUUGACGCGCAUCUUCUUUUUUUUAUCACUCCGUCCUACGUCUUGGAACAGGAAAACCGCCAUCUCAGAGCUUGAUCCUUUUGUUUCUAUUAUAAUUUCUUUUCUCGCAUUGCUCCAGACCCAUUUAUUAUCAUUUCUGAUACCCAACCAACCUUGUCCACAGAUGUCCGCUUUUUCAUACUAUUCAGGCUCGGGUGAUGUUGUGAACCAAUUGGUGAAAUGAGGCACUAUUCGCGUUUUAAAUAUGGGAGACCGUGUGGGUUUGCUUUUCGGAUGACAGGCAUGACUGGUGUUUUCACAUGCUGCCUAGGUACGUAUACAUCACCAUUCUGCCCCCAGCUUCUCUCCAGACUAGAUGUGUAUCUCAUCUUUGGAAGAUAUGACCGGUGGUGAUGUCAACUUAUUUUAGGCUUCGCUUGUAGAUGGUAAAAGAAGAGCAAAAAAAAAAAGGAAAAGGGCUACGAAGAAAAGGCGAGAGUGAAAAUGGCCUCUCUUGUGGAGGUGCGGCAUAAGACUAGAAAGGCAGAUGAUGUCAAGACACUUACUUUUUGGCACAUGCCAUGUCUUCAAUAUAUUGUACAUGAGAUUUUUAUAUAUAUGCUUGCUUAUCUGCUAGUAUACAGUUGUGAUAUUCAUAAAUGUCCGUUAAAAAAAGCAGUAACUGAACUGCUGCUUAUCUGUGCCAUAACAUACCAUGCUACCCAAGACACGUCCCCUCCGAGUUUCUAUAUAAAUUACACAGAUUCAUUGAUCUUUGCCAAAAUGAUAUAAAAUAAAAAAACUUCCUUUCCCUCCCUCCCUCAAGAACUCCUUUCUAAACCAUGCGGUUCCCUUUUAUAUUCGUCAAACCAUUGCUGUGAUUUCUUUGCCUUGUCUUCAUUCCAGCCCUUCACCAUCGUCUUUGGAUCGAAAUGCCAAUUCAAAUGCACGUACAUUGCCUUCUUGCCUUCCGUCUCACUACCCACCAUUUUAAUCGCCAAAUCGUUACCAGGAGUAUCGGCGCCCUCGUACUGGAAGUCUUUGGG